AUGAGUGGACUGCGAACCAUGAAGCGAAGCUGGUCCGGCAACGCAGAAGAUCUAGGAGAAUCGGACGUCGUGUUCCUGCGCACGAGUCAGCAGGUAUCGACCUCCAACCCGAACCUGCAACCCAUCGCCUCAGGCUCCCAAUCCGCCAAGACCCACACGCCAAGGCGGAAAUCUGGUGACCCUUUGGGCUUGCUACCUUCUUCGGAGAUCAAACCUGCUGCUGCGAGCUCUGGAGUACCUAUCGAGUGGUCCCCAACCCCCUCUCCCGUUCGUAAUCAGCGCACUCUGGACAAGGUAGCCAAGGAUUUGACAAAUAGGAUGGAUGGUGAGUAAAGGUCACGCAAAGCGUCGCUUCUGCACGUGCUAAAGCUGUACAGAGCGCAUGUAUGCCCAAUGUCCGUGUCUUCCACUGUUGCUCAGCUGGGCGAGAGGAGCGUCCAGAGGCCGCCUCGAAGGGAACCAAGAGACGCAAAGGCGAGAUCAAAUUUGGGGCGGCUCGUAAGCCCAGCAAUGAUGCGAAGCGAGAUUCUGCCAUCGAGAGCAACGCGUCGCAGCAAGAGGAAGCAUCCUCCAGUCGCUUUAUCCCUUCCAUCUUUAACAAAUCGGCCGCUCAAUUGAGAGAGGAUAGGAAAUUGGCCGGGGUGAAUCCGCUUCAUCGUAGUGGAUCUACUAGCUCGGACGCGUCUGGGGUGCGGGAAAAGAAACCAAAGCUCAGCAAGGUUUUCUUGAGCAAGGAGCAGCAGAUGAUCUAUCAAUUGGUGGUGGAUGAGGGAAAGUCUGUAUUCUUCACGGGUAGCGCGGGUGAGUAUUCGAGCUAGCUUUCGAUAUGUGGAAUGCAGAGUGUGCUGAGGAGAUCAACCCUUUGAACAGGUACUGGCAAGUCGGUCUUGCUCAGAGAAAUUAUUGCGGGGCUCAGGCGGAAAUUUGCGGCCAAGCAACAGCAAGACUGUAUAGCCGUGACGGCCUCGACUGGUAUUGCUGCUUGCAACAUCGGUGGUGUCACCUUGCACAGCUUUGCCGGAAUUGGACUAGGUACGGAUCCCACACCUGUCCUCGUGACGAAAAUCAAGCGGAACAGGAAGGCAGCGGGACGAUGGCUAAGGACAAAGGUUCUCAUCAUCGACGAAGGUGAGUUAGCGUGGUCCACGGACAUGCUUCGAGGAGACAUCGUCGGCUCAGCCAAGAUUUACCACCUCUACAGUGUCCAUGAUCGAUCCUGCAUUAUUCGAUAAGUUGGAAGAGGUAGCGAGAGCAAUGCGAAAAUCGCCAAGGAGCUUCGGUGGCAUCCAGAUCGUCGUCACUGGCGACUUCUUCCAGCUGCCGCCCGUCGCGAAGAAAGGCGAAGCGACGCGUUUUGCGUUCGAGGCCCAAAAGUGGGACGAAGCCAUCACGCACAAGGUCAAUCUUACACAAGUGUUCAGGCAAAAGGAUGAGAGUGAGUCUAUCGAGUUGAUGCCUUCAGCUCUCCUCAUUUUCAGCCGUCACACAAGCGGCUGACUCGGUCGCGCGUAGCCUUCAUCCAAAUGCUCAAUGAGAUGAGAUUCGGUCGUAUGUCGGAGGACACGAUCAAACGAUUCAGGCAGCUCGAUAGAAGGCCGCAGGCUCAAGUAGGUAUCACGCCCACCGACCUCUUUCCCAUGCGCCACGAAGUUGAGCGAGCCAACACUGGUCGUUUGGACGCCCUGCGACAACCGUCCAAAGCUUUUAGAGCUCUGGAUGGAGGCUCUUUACCUGAAACAGAGCGGGCGCGAAUCUUGGAUAGCUUCCUUGCUCCUCAGGUAGUCUACCUCAAGGUCAAUGCGCAGGUCAUGCUGAUCAAGAAUACCGACGACGUACUAGUCAAUGGAUCUAUAGGCAAGAUCACCGGAUUCAUGGACUGUGAGCGGCCCGCUUUGCACUGACGCUGACCUGACCUUAGCAAGUGCGACUGCUCAUGCACUCGAUGAUUCUUUCCUUAGUGAGCGAGUACAAAUCGCGUAUCUCUGCAGGACAGGAUCUAACGAAGACCAAGAAGGACGGGAGCGUGGACCUUGUGAAGGACGAGAUUGCGGAAUCGACGGAGUUCAAGGGUGCCAUCAAGCCAGGUGCUGCAGGAUCGGUCGCUGGUGAUCGGUCCAGGUCCACUUCUCCUGUCAAGACUCCAGCUCCGGGGCAACAAUUCCCGCUUGUCAACUUUGUUGUGCCAGGCGGCGUGCGGGCAGAAUUGGUUAUACCAGAGACUUGGAAGAACGAGGAUUCGAUGGGUACCGUGCUCGCGUCGAGGACGCAAGUGGUGAGUUGGAUCGUGUAUGUCACCCCAUCUGGGCAAGCCAUGCUAAUGCUGGUAUGAUCAAAAUCAAUCGUACACCUCUUGCAGCCUCUGAUACUUGCCUGGGCCAGUAAGUGUGGAAAGGAGGGCUGCGGGUGUGCGACAGGACGUUUGCUGACUGACUUUGUCCUCGACUUCGUCGUGCGCAGUGUCAAUACAUAAAGCGUGAGUGGCAUAACGUCUAAGGCGGGGUACUACCUGCACAGCUUUUGACUUCUUUCUCUUGCCUUCAAUCAGUCAAGGCCAGACUAUUUCAUGCUGCAAGGUAGACCUGACGAAGACGUUUGAGAAGGGUGAGUCCGACAAGUACAUGCUUUUCCGAUGCGCCCCCCAGCCUGAAUGCCUCUUGCCAGCAGCUGAUGCUCUGCUUUCUGAUAUUGCAUCACAGGCCAAGCAUACGUGGCCAUCUCUCGCGCAACAUCCUUGGAAGGCCUGCAAGUGGUGGGCUUCAAGCCUGAAGCUGUGAAAGCUCAUGACAGAGUCAUUGAAUGGAGCAAGACGCUCAAUAUACUAGCUCCUUCUUGA